CAUCCAUACCCACUUAAUAAUGACAUCUUAAACUAAAAGAAAGGCGUCAAGAAAUCUACAAGUUAAAUAGUUGCUAUUGCUAUAUAUUUCACCAAGUCCAAGAUAUUUCCCAUCUCAUCCAUAUCUUCACUCCAAUCUUUCAUCCUACGCUUUCUUGCAUGAAUUACCCGAAUUCAACAUGCAUCUUCCCAUUCUCCUCACAGCACUGUAUCUAAGUUCUCUCACCGCAGCUUCGAAUUCACAAACUCCAGAAAUCUCUUCGCACCAUCAUGUAAAAUCCGCAAAUGGCUCAAACUCCGAGCUCAUCACCCCAAAAGUUUUCAUCGUAGAUAUGGUACGCAAGCUCAUCAUUUUCUAAACCUCAAUUCGUUGUCCAUUGUCGUUGACAUCAAAAUAUAGUUUUCAGAUGAAGGAGAAGCAUGGUAUGGAAUUCCGGAAUUCGAUAUUCUGGCUCGAAAUAUCACCGUUCCUGGGAUUUCUCCGCUUUUUCCACAGGUGCACUGUACAGCAGAUGGAGAAAUUUGCCAGGUCAUAACUGGUGAGGGAGGUGAGAAGCUUGCUUUCCUUCUUUUUGAGUGAAGAUGGUUUGCUUUGGUCUUGCUAACUGGUUUAGAAAUUAAUGCUGCUGUGACAAUUAACUCGAUAGCCUAUUCACCACUAUUCGAUUUGAGCAAAACUUACUUUCUGAUUGCGGGUAUUGCGGGCGUUUCUCCAAAGGCGGCUACUAUUGGUGUAAGUAUCAGAGGCAUGGUCUUGCAAACCUCGUACUGACACUUUUCAAGUCUGUAACCUUCGCUCGAUAUGCUGUAUCUGUAGCCUUACAGUAUGAAAUGGAUGCGCGAGAGAUACCCUCUAACUGGACCACUGGCUAUUGGCCACAAGGGGCGACUUCACCAACGGAUAACGUAGUUGAAAUCUACGGCACUGAAGUAUUUGAAGUCAACGAAGCAUUGCGACAAAUUGCCAUGUCGUUUGCCAAGACUGCCAUCCUUAAUGAUACCGCCGAUGCAGUGAGCUAUCGAGCUCUUUACGCCGCCACUGAAGCUUUUGCUCUUGGCGGUCAAGCACCUUCAGUUGUGGCAUGUGAUACUGCAACCUCAGAUGUCUACUUCAGCGGAGAACUACUCGCCGAUGCAUUCGAAAAUACCACCUCAAUUUGGACUAACGGUAGUGGAAUUUACUGCACCACGCAACAAGAAGACAAUGCCACACUUGAAGCUCUUCUUCGAGCCGCAACUAACAAACUUGUGGAUUUCUCCCGCAUCAUCAUCAUGCGUACCGCAUCUGAUUUCGAUCGUCCUCAUGCUGGCCAGAGCAUAUUGGAUAAUCUUUUCUUGCAAAACCAGGGCUAUGAUCCCUCUAUCAAGAAUAUCUAUUUAGCUGGUAUCAAGGUGGUUGAGGGUAUUUUGAACGGUUGGAAUAGUACAUUUGCUGCUGGUGUUGAGGCCACUAAUUAUGUGGGAGAUAUAUUAGGUACGCUGGGAGGGCAACCGGAGUUUAGACCCGCCCAAGUCAAUCAAAAGAGAGGAUUGAAGAAAGGAAGAGGAAUGAAGCGCCAUUAAGCGCUUUGUAUGAAUGGGCUAUAAAAAGGAGGAUUAGUAAAGUGUGGAUGUGGUAAGAGUAGAUAUAUUAUACUUUAGUUACUAGAUCCAUCCUUCUUCAGUAAUAUUAUGAGUACGCAUACGCGAAUUGCCACUUGGAA